CAACAUCAGAACCCAGUCAUAGUCUGACACACUUUUCAGCUCCAAAACAAAGUAACAGCAUCUACGCUAACACCAAAGCUGCUGAUCCAGCACACACGCACUGAUAUCAUCAAUAAAUUCCAACUCAGGGACCAUUAUCUGUGUUUGUCACUGGUCGUUUCUGUGGACAGGCCUGUCAACCUGUGAAAUAUUUAGUGAUGAAACUCAUCAACCUGAACUAUUAAACAUUUAGCAUUGAGAUGGUCCCUAUGGACGUCCCGGAGUUUGAUUAGAGCAGGUUUGACUUUUUAACUAAUCAGAACAGAGCCAGACUUAUCCCAGACUUUGUCUUGCAGUAUUCAGGUUUAGAUCACCAGAGAUAGAUCAAUUAUCGGCCAUGUUUGGUUUAGAUGAAGGGUAGAGCAUUCAGGAAGAGGAGGAACCUUUCAAAAUAAAACCCACACACAGUUAACAGAUGCAUUUCCACGUGCACUCACAGGCCGGGGCCAGCCCUGGACAAAGGACAUCUAACUGACACCUGUGUGAGUAACUGACAGGUGACUGAAACCGUCUCUCUUCCUGUUGUCGCCACACCUGCAUGACGUCAGCAGUGUUGUGCUCCAACCAGAGGAGAGUGUGUUUUGCGAGCAUUCCCUUCCUGUGUAUGAGCAGGUGAGACACACCUGAGGAGCGACACUCACACAGAUCGUUGUUGAUUGUUUUUCUUCCCACGGUUUUUAUUUUUCCACCUUUUAACCGGAAGUCAGCGUUCUUCUGUCGGUGAGACGCGUCAGGACGCGGUCAACUUUUUCUGUCUGUUUUCACUGAAGCUGAGAAUGACCAAAGCCUCCUCUUCCUCCUCGCUGCUGCCUCUCCUCCCCCCCCUCCUCCUCCUAUUCGCGCGUGCUGCCGCAGCGGCAGAGGACGCGGCAUGCGGCGACGCGUUCCGCCCCGGACAGGAUAACUUCGUGCUGGACACCGAGGACGCGGUGAAGGAGGGUGCGGUUCUGCUGGCCACUAGGCAUGUGCUUUCUCCGGAGGCCUGUGAGCGCGCGUGCUGCGAGGAAGCGCGCUGUAACCUGGCGCUGCUGGAGCCGCGCGGCAGCGGAGCGGCAGAGACCCGCACCUGCGACAUGUUCAACUGCGUCUACAGAAACCGCUUCGUGUGCAGGUUCGUGAACCUGAAAGGGUACCAGAGCUUCAUCAGGAAGAGUGUGUUCCAGAAACACCUUCAAGGACCGCAGGAACUAGGUGAUCAGGCUCUACCAAUCGCCAUCGCGGGACGUGAUGUCACCAUCCAGCCCGGACAUGCAGUGACACUCAAUGGCAUCGAAAGCUUGGCGCUGGGCGACGCCCAAAUUGAGCACUAUCGCUGGACCCAGCUGAGCGGAGAGGACGGCGUCAGUAUGGAGAAGACGGACCUACCUGACCAGGUGAGACUCUCCAACCUGCAGCAAGGCUCCUAUGUGUUCCAGCUUACCGUCAUUGACUCCAAUGACAAAUCCCACUCCACCAAGGUCAAGGUGCUUGUCCUCAGCCCGGAGCUGACCAGUUUGUACUGUCAGGCUCCAGUGAAGGUCGGCCCGUGCCGCGCUGCGUUUCCUCGCUGGCAUUAUGACGCUACGUCUGAUGAAUGCAAACAGUUUACUUAUGGAGGCUGUAAACAAAACAAAAACAACUACCUGACCAAGGAUGAGUGUGAGUCUGCAUGCAGCGGGGUCAAAGGGUCAGAGAGGAGCAUCACUCCACCUACUACUGAGGUGUGCGACGUGGCGUGCCAUCGGGGUCAGUUUAACUGCAGCAACGGCUGCUGUGUGGACCAGAGUCUGGAGUGUGACGGCAACGAGCACUGUAGCGACGGAUCGGACGAGGCACACUGCAGCAAACUGAAUCAGACGUUCAACCGCCUCCUGAACAUCGACAUCAACCAGAAGAAAGCUCGGUGCUCAGAGCCCCCCCACACCGGCCCGUGCCGGGCGAGCUUCACCCGCUGGUACUACGACCCCCUGGCCAGGAAGUGCUACCGCUUCACGUACGGGGGCUGUAAAGGAAACGAGAACAACUUUGACGAGGAGAACAAGUGCAGCGAGUCAUGUGACGGCGUCACAGAACGCAGCGUGUUUUUUGUAGAGAUGUUUGAUCGUUACGAGAAAGAAGAAGACGGUGAUUCUGCAAACAUAGCGCUGGCAGUCCUCCUGUCGGUGGCCAUCUUGGCUCUGCUGGCGAUUCUCACCUUCUGUCUCCUCAAGAAGAAGAAGGAGCGCUCCCAUAGGCCAGUCACCACAAACCCCGCCCACGUGGCGCUGUCAGAGCAGGAGACGCUCGUCUACAACAGCACCACCAAACCUGUAUGACAUCAUCACCACCAACAAACCUGUGUUCAGACGAUGCAUCUUUGCUGUUUAGUGAUCCAUUCUGGGGAUUCAGAUACCAAAAGACUACUCAGAGGCCGACUCAGACUAAACCAUUCUUCUGGUCAUUAACCACAGCACCAUGUCAGACUAUAAAACAAAAAUAUUCUCAGCCAACAGGCUGGCCACACUACAAACCACCAUUACUAUUACUUUGAGCAGAAGUGCUCUAUGUGAUGUUCCAUCUUUUGCUCUGAAAACCAGUCCAGUCUGGAUGAAGAGAUCCCAGACCACCUCAGCAUGCAGUCUGAGCUAACGGUAAUGAUUGUCCCACUGAGGUGUGUCCCAGCAAAACUUUAAGGUUACCUUUUGGUAUCUAAGUGACCGGAGCAGAUAUGAAUCCCUGUAUAGACAGGGUCUUCAUUUAGAUUUCAGUGUGUUCAUCUUGUAUUUAACGUGUUUGUUUUUACAGUGUGCUGGGUUUGAGUUGAUCUGUGAUUGGUGUUUUUGGGUCUCAGGUUGAUUUUGUGUUUAAAUUUUAUAUAUUGGACUGUAAAUAUUAAGUUUGAUUUUUAUCCGCUCAGGGUGUUUGUGUUGGUCGGCCAUCUUUGUUUUUACUGAUUUUAAUCUGCACUUUGUGAAUAAAGACACAUAGAAACAACAACAACAAAACAAGUUCUCCCUCUUUUAUAGAGC